CUACAGGUAAGGGGUUGGACCUCGGGGGCGGAGCUUCACCUUAUAAACCUUUGUUGAGUAGCCCCCUCCCCCCUCCCCCGCCCGCUGAGUUAGACCCACUGUCUCUAACCAUUCUUCCUGACGUGAUGAAAAUCAUCCUAUGCCUGAACUUGUUUUUCUACAGGUGAAUUUACGCUUUGCCGACAGCGUAAGGAAACCAGGAGAAAACACCAGAAUCAUUAUCACGGCUGCACCAGGAUCUAAGGUUGCCCUCGCUGCUGUUGACAAAAGUGUUUAUCUAUUGAAAGGCGGAAACCAACUGACCACAGAUGAUGUAAGCUGCUUAAUUUUGUAUUGACCAUUAGAGUGAGACCAGCACCGUACAAACGACUGAUUGACGGACUCAAACAAAACUAACUACGAGGGAAUGACUGGACAAUUGACAAUUUGACUUAAAAUAAACGGCUAUUUAGCUGUGACAAUCGACUGAUCGAAAUGCACCAGUGAUAUUUAACAGUCUUCAUAGCCACUUACAUCACGGCUCGACUGACAGACGACCAAAAACAUCGCGACUUGAUUGACCAAUCAGGUCAAUAACCAGCCUUUAAUACCAUCAACUGACUCAAUACAACUCACUUUGACUCUGAAGAUGACCACCGCACAGGUUGUCGAAACGUCAGCCACUGCUACAGUCAAAGCAUUUCAAGCGUUCCUGUCCCUAGUGGACUAAUAAAUUCAUGAAUGGAAAAAUGAUUCGGUUUGUCGAUUCAAUAAUCCAUUCAUAAAAUGAAUAAUCUAAAAGUCAAAUUGGACCUCGAUUCAAUAAUGAAAUGUUGAUUUGGUUUAAGAACAAAGUCUAUCUGUUCUUUAUUCUUGUUGGUUGUGUUCAAUCGUAUUUUGCUUCCCUUUUCCUACCGUUUACGAUUGCGUUUUUAAUUGCCUUUAAUCAAAAUAACAGGUAGACUAGAAGUUCUCAUUGAGAAGGGAAGUGCUGCCGUUAGUUGGGAUACUAAUAGGCCAAGAUAGUAUGUAGAACAGUUGAACAUGAAUUUUAUUAAAGUUAAUAACUUAGACUUUUUGGAAUUAUGAAACAGUCGAAGCGAAAUAUAAAAAAUGAACCGAUCACAAUGACAAAUAUGCUUACAUAUUCAGAUAACUCGCUAAAGUUUCAAUAUGAUUUUAUAAUUCAUUUAAUAAUUCUCUAAAUUCUAAAACGACAGCAGCGCUGAUAGGCUGUUUCUUCUUUGAACAGUCAUCGUACACGUGACGAGAAAAGUGGCGAACAAAUAACUGUAAGGCCAAAACUUGUUUAUUCACAGGUCAGGUAGACGUACAGCACAUGCCGUUCACAAUACAGUCAAACAAUACAAUCCUGAUUCCCUAGAUAACAAUCUGUGUGACAAAAGAAUACUCGCUAUAACUAAUCUUGAAACCGAGAAUAAAACAAAUAAACCGGAAAAAAAUAUUCUGUACAAUACUUCUUGAACUGCUCUUACCGUUUAGGCCGUUUAAAGAGACAGCAAACAUCCGGUGGACUACGAUUUCUGCACAGAUCGUACCAGGGCGGAUAAAGGUUGGGCGGUGAAACGAGCGCGUCCGAGCAAAAAGGUAUGAUGCAGUGGACUGGGACUCUGCUUAGAAAUGUCGCUUGUUUUCGACUUCUUGCGAUGUGGUUUGUCCCGGUUUGUCCCGGUUUGUCCAUUAGACACUGCCGCUGUCACUUAAUUAUGGCAGCUUGAUUUGUUUUUCUGCACUUCUUCCUCGUUCCUUUGUGCUGGUACGCUGUCUCCGAGAGGCAAAUGUUGCUAUUUUUUGCGGGAGGUUUAGUUGGAGUAGACACUCAUCUCUUUCAAAGGGUUUCUCUUAUUACUUUCAUGACCCUACCACUGAAUUAUAUUUUCGUUCUACUACCCGCCAAUGUCGAUGUUAUUCCAAAACAACAACAACUAAGUACUGUCUAAAACACGAGGGAAAAUCUCAUCCAUGUCAUCCAUGACAAAACUAAAAGACAGCAGAUCGUGUUUCAUAACUAGAUGACGUGUAUUUUAUAAAUGCGUGCAGCUCGUUCAAGGUGAAAUUAUGCUAAUUUCAAUCACCAUCAUCCUUCUUUUUAAUUUUGAAAAAAAACAUCUCAUACGUCUUUCUGUUUCUUCGAAACUUCAAAAUUAGUUUUCCCUCAGUUUUUACCCUCCCUCGGCUAAGCACAUGACAAAAUUCAACACAAAAUCCAUUUCAAAUCAGGGCACAUUUUGUAAUUUUUCUUAAAACGUCAAUGAAACAUUUAAAAAUACAUAAAUUCCCUUUCAAAAACGUAAUUGUCUUGGCCAUAGAGUGCAAAAUGUACCUGAAAAUUCAGCAAAAACUUCGCUGACUUGGUUGCAUUUCAAAACAGACCAUGGGCUCCGCCGUGAAGAAAACAAGGUUGAAUUCCUCGAAGGACGAUUUCUUGAUGAAAAGCUUCCCUUUCUCCACAAAAAGAAAGCUGAGCAUUCUUUUGAACUUUCUCUUUCCAUUUUUUGUCUUUUAACGGUGUAUUUUUAACCUUGAAAUGCAGAACUCUUGUCUUAAAACAUCUGCAUGGUGAUCGCGCAGCAGCCAUUUUGUUGAAAAUGGAUAUCCGUUACUAAGGUUUCCAAAUAUGGUAAAAGUAAAUAUUCACGAGCAUUGAACGCGAGUUACACGUUUCAACCCCUUAUGGGUUUCUGGUGAUAUUUAGUGGAAGGAGGAGGUAUUCAGCACUUUCAAAUUAAACUCAAAUUUUGGCAUUAUACGACCAACAAGUUAGACUUAUAGGCAUACAGAUAUAAACAUAUGAAACUGUUUAUUGCUAUUGUUAUGAAACGAAUUUAUCUAUUUAACAUUGUAGCCUAAAAUUACAGAAAGAAAAUAGGAUUUCCGGUUUGCAAAAAGGAAAAUUUCGCCGGCCUUCAAGCGCACCGGAAGCGCGGAAAUAGCGCUCGUACCAGUCCUAAUCUGCAUCACACAUUAAAUGAAGAGCGGAGCGCUCGUUUCACCGCCCAACAUUUAUCCGCCCUGGAUCGUACAUAGGAGCAACCCGCCAUUUUGUUUUGUUCUCAAAAAACAGGCGCGGCAGCUAAGCACUUGCUUCAACAAACCGCUGACUGCACAGCGCCGCAGUCACAGAUUGAUUGAACCAUGGAACCAUUGAACCAAAGAUCUCAAAUCGCUCAAGAAUAUGGUCUGCUGCCGGCUGAUGCCCGGCAGCAAAUAGACAGACCGCAAACGCAAAGCAACUGACAAAGGCCGAGGAUCGAAAACCGCCAAUCACCGCACAUACACUGAUCUCAGUUUGACCAUCGUGUUUUCUAAGAGGUCAGGUCUGUUGCACUGAUUACUGGCAGCAAAAAAAAGAAGAAAAAACAAAAUUUUGAAGUUGACUUGUGGAAAGUGUGGUUUUUCAAACAACAGUAAUCGAAUCAGUAUUCGAUUAUUGAAUCGAGGCUGAAUAUGAAUAUUGGAUUGUUCAUUUUAAGAAUGGAUAUUAUUGAAUCAACAAACGAAAUCAUUUUAUCCUUAAUGAAUUCAUUAGUUCGUUGGCGACUCGACGGAAACGCUUGACCUGCUUGGACUGUAACAACAGUCCUAUUCAGGACUACCUUGACCCGGACGAUCAUGCUCAACCUACUGACUCCUGGGUUCAAACCCUUCAUUGUGUAACCUGUUUUAAUGGGUAACCCUCGGGAUUCGCGGGAUUGUUGAACAGGCCCCAGUUGUUCAAACGUUGGAAAGCGCUAUUUACUUGAUAAAUCACUGUCCAGCGGAUACGUAUUAGAGGUUUAUCCAGUAGAUAGGGUUAUCCAAUUUUCCAGCAACUCGACCCAGAGCUGCAAAUCAUUAUUUCUUUCUUGAAUGGUCAUAUGUCUGGGUUAAGGGAACAUUUUGUUGGGAGAAAACAGUCCUGUGGUCAGCUAUUACGCGUCUGCUGCCCUCUUCUCCAGCUACGUUAACGGCACUUACUCAUAGUUUCUUUUUCGCCAUCCAGCAAUUUCGAAGUUUUUGAUUGCCUAUAUUUUUUUUGUUAGUGAUCGCAAAGAGUUGAAAAUUGCACAAACCACUCAAAUUUAUUAGCUCUUUCAACUUUUGAAUCUAAUUUUUAUAUACGGUGACGUCUUCUAUAAGUUAACUUGACAACCUCGUUCCCAGGGUUCUCUGUCUCGAAACAAGAGAGAGAACCCUGGGAAGGAGGUUGUUGAAUUGUAUGCUAAUGAGCAAAAUUGCAAACAAUGACGUCAUAAGGGAUUCGCCAAUGGAAGAGCUGACUUUUAACAUACUGUUUACUUCUGUAGGCAAUAAAUGUACUAAGUUCUCAGGAUGUUGGGUCGUCUGGAAAUUAUCGAUCAGAUUGCUCUGGCACAAAGUCACUUGAUGCUUCAAAAGCAUUUAAGGUUGGUACAAUAUUAAAACAAAGGCAGCUUAGUUGAAAAAAUAAAGUUCACGUAGACAUAUCAUAGUAGGGAGCUUAAGGAAAGAUGUUUUUGAGCGAGGUACAUCAACUGGAAGCGAGGCCUUUUUCCUUUUGAUAUGCCUUGACGCUACCAAACUUGUAUUGCGAAGGUUCUUCACUCUUGUAGAGACGAUUUUCCCGAAAAUUUUGGCUAAACUAUUGCCCAAUAAUGCAAAAAGUCUACCUCACAAAUGUGUAUGCAUAAGCUCACUAAUGGCUUGUUCCAUGCAAUGCCAUAUUAGCCGGCAAAAACAGCCGUCGCUCGUUGCCGCUAAAGGGACCUUUCGCCUGGGAGGACGUUUGCCUCUCAGCAAAAGAAAUUCCAUACUGUCUGGAAUCUGGUCAGGAGCUCUGAUUGGUCGACGUAGUAGUUAUAUUGUUUUAGCUAUUGUCUACGAACGACAGACAAACGAGAAACGGUCACAAAGGUCAAAUGUAAACGCGAUGAAUCUUCCUACAAAACAGUCAAUUUUCGUGGAAUAUAUUCUUCUCUAGCAGAAGCAUUUGAGUUUUGCUGGAGCUCGUUCGCCAAAGAACACAAAACUUUACCAUAAUCGACCAGGAGAAACAUAAAAUCGAACAAAUUUAGAUUUGGAACUCCAUGACUAUCGGAUUUAUCAUGUAAACAUUGAUUUACGUCAUCAGUAUGGAGUUUCUGUCGCUUAGGCGCAGACGUCCCUCCUAGCGAAACCUCCCCAGGGGCGAGAAACGUGGAGAGACGGCUGUUUUCGCAGGCUAAUGCAGUAGUAGUAGUAAUCUUCAUUUCAACACGGUUAAAACUCAUCAGGAUUACAUAAAUAAAAAAAAAAAAGAAUAUUUAUUUAUCAAUAUUUAUAGAAGACAACACAUUCUUAUAAAAAAAUAAUGAGAUAAAAUGACCUGCUUUUCAAAAGUGCCGUGCGUUGAAGGUUAGGCGUUAGUUUAAGUAACGUCUACAGUCAUAUUGGAGCAAGCCAUUGAAGUCUGUCCUGCAGGGGACCAGUUGUGGUUCGGUGGCAGUCAGACGUCCCCGACUCAGGGAAGUCAUUCGUUCUAGCGAGUGGCCGCCACGAAAGGUGGUUAAGAUUAACCAACUUCAAGCCUAAUUUUAAGCCUAUUUUGUUGUCUACAAACAUGAUAUCGUUGAGCAUUAAUUACUCCAAGAUCGGCGGCGAUAACCCAAAGUGAUACCCUACACAGUCUACAAAACCAUUUCAGCCUCAUUAUUAUUACCUUUUAUUAUUAUACAAAUAAUCAGAGAAUAAAUGUUAACCCUGACUUAUUAUUACCUCUUUGUUAACAGGAAAGUGGGGUAAUUUACUUUUCUGACCUCGGCAUCCAAACAGCUCGAUGCGAAAAGGGCCUCUCAUACUGUAAGUGAAUGGCAUUCUUUCAGAUCAAUUUUAUUGAUGAUUGUCAGUUGUGUGUAUCGUUUGGUAGGGCUGCAACGAUAUAUCGAUGCAUGUGUGAACCGCGAUAUUUCUUCUAAGGGUAGGAAUAUCGACAUUUGAACCAGAUAUAGCGAUGUUAUGAUACAAUGACAUAUGAUAAAACGAAAAUUUGGGUAAUCACUGUCUUAAACCCAGUCUCUUUAUUUUGUCCACUUUAAGGCGAUUUGUGUUGGGAACAAGAAAAAAGCAAACCAUCCCUGCUUCCCGUGCUUCUCGUCUUGUCCACCCACAAGCAAUGGAAACUAUUCUUGUCCCGCAUAGUAAUACUAGUAUAUCGUAUCGUGGCCCUUGUAUCGCGAUCUGUAUCGUAUCGUGGAAAAGUUUGGUUACCGUUGCAGCCCUGUUGUCAGGGAGCCUAAGCAAUCAUAGCCUGCGAGCAAGCUCUCCGGGGGAUCGAAUGCUGGCGAAUUUUUCUGGACUUAAGUUUUCAGGGACUGCAUCCUUGUUCCAAGUGUAAAUCCAAAAGGAAAAGCCCGGGAAAUUCUUGUGAGCAUUAAUUACGUCGCCAUGAGUAAAGAUAUGGAAAAAGGUUUCCACAACUGUAUUAUAUAAAGAUGAAAAAUUCUUAUGAUAUGGGUUUUAUUGGAAUCGGAGUUGCCAUGGCAACGUAACGACGCCAUUACGUUUUUUGUUUAUCUUUGUGUUUCUCUGUACCAGGAGUUUUUUUAAACAAUGCCAGUGAAUAAUGAGGACGCUCAGUUGUAAACACAAAACUGGGGGGGAAAUUGGUCAUAUUUGAGGCCCUAUUUAAAAGCCUUCCUUGUUUUUAAUGUUCUUGAAACUUGCAGCGGACAUUUAUUGACGAUUGAUCUCGGGAUUUUCAAAUUUCUAAUAAAUUUAGCGACCGGUUUUUUUAAAAAAUGCAAAAUUUGUAGGCGUAGACCAAAAACUGUAACAAAAGCAGCUGAAUGCAAGUUAAUAAAUUUCUUCAUACUCGCGAUCGCCCAGAGCAAUUCCCCUCUUUUUUUUGUAAUCAUUUUGCAAUGGAAUCAAACCGCUAUGAGAUGAAGCCGCGUUUCCAAAGCUUAUCAUUUUCUUAAAAAAUUAGCUAAUUGUGUGGAUAGCCUGCCAUUUCACUGUUUAUAUGAUGCUUAAAACUUCGUUUCAAAAUAUUUCGAAAACGCUCUCAUAGAAUUUGUUCAAACUUUGCCAUAAUUAAGGCAAUUAUGGCACGUACAAACUCCCUUAAGCGAUUUUUUAAAAAAACUCUUGGUACAGAGAAACACAAAGAUAAAUAAAAAACGUAAUGGCGUCGUUACGUUGCUAUGGCGACUCCGAUUGCAAUAAAACCCAAAUCAUAAGAAAUUUUCAUCUUUAUAUAAUACAGUUGUGGUAACUUUUUUUCCAUAUCUUUACUCAUGGCGACGCAAUUAAUGCUCAAACUUGGGAGGUAUCCCCCCAAAAAAUCCAGUCGAGCAACCUUAAGUCCCCUUAAACCCGGAUUAUUUCUUUAACCGUUCCAUCCGCUGUCGGAGGUCUCUUAAGGAAGAGGCGAUGAAUGCAGAAACAAAAACAUUUCUUGCUUUUUCGGCCCUGUCGCCUAGAGUUUUUGACAACAUUAACUAAAAUAGCUUUUUGUAUGGUAAUCAUUACUGAAGUGGAGCGUACUGUUAUUCAGUUUUUAACUCCAAUUUAUCACUGCUGCUCUCGCCUUAAUUGCUAAAGCUCCCUAGUUUCUGUAGCGUUGGGAUCCACUUCUCACAGCCUCCCUCUUGCCUAGCCAUAUACACCUUGCGACGACUCUUGUCUCUUCCAAAUGUAGUAAAACUGUAGUUUGAAACAAUUAACCGUGCUCUUUACAGUGGAACUGUCUAUCUUAAGUCCAAACAAAUAAACUACGUUGGUAACCAGGUCGCAGCAACAUGUUCUCUUCCAUGGCGGUAGAAAAUUGUGAAGAAUUCAAGCUCUAAGAAGUGAAAAAAAAAAUACUCUCACUACUUUAUUGGAAUCAAAUCUCUAAAAUUUGAAAACAACAACGAAUUUUUAAAUUCUCCUACCAAUUAAAUGCUUUUUCCUUCAUGAUUAAAAUUUAUACCAUGAAAUAAAAUAAUAAUUAUUUCUGAGCCUCUUAAAACUUUUGAUUUGUCUGUGCAGUAUUAAACUAAUUCAGUCUUUAAUCUUUACUUUAAUAUUCACAAAUUUAAACUAUCAGUUAACUUUUUCUCUGUUUAGUAUAUAACUACACGUGAUAAUAUGUUACUAAUGUUAGCAUGUUGGGCCGGACGUGUUAGUGAAAUCUAAAUGACAAGAGUUAUACGAGCUGUAUAGUGCAGUUUGAAUCUAUUUUUGAGUCCGUUGUGUUGUUACAACCUAAACCAGCCGGAGAUCUAAGUCAACAUACAUAAGGCGUUGUGUUCGGGAUAUGCGCCCCCCGCUGACUUUGUAAAAAAAAAAUAGUACUACGAUAAAAAAAAAGACGAAAAAAAAAUUAGAGCAAUAGAUGCACCUAGCAACCUUUGUGGUAUUACAGGUGUUUAAAGUAUGGGAUAGGCAUCCCAAUGAAAGGUUUUCCAAGUCUCCAAUGAAACAGUGUGUAAGAUAGAAGGGAGGGAAGGUCUGUGUAAAUGGGAGUGUUGUAGGCAUGAAAACACAAAUAAAUUGGGCAUUUUAAUACUUAAGUGUCUUUUAAGUGGUAAAUAGAACGUAAAUUUACGGAACUUGUGUGGAUUCCGCAGAAACGAACGACUGGAAGUGUUUGGUAUGUUGUAAGCAACAUCACCCGCAACGGGCACGCAAUUUUUGAAGGGUAAUUAAGUAUCCUGCUUAAUAGAGCAUUUAAAGUAAAGGUUUUAUGUAACCGGUCCCUGUACUCUAGCCAACUCAGUAGACAACAGUCAAGAGACUGAAGGUUUCACUGUUAACCUGAUAAAACUCGUACUGUCAGACAAGCAGUGUGGGGACAUUUAAAACUUUCUUUUAGAUACUAGGCGCCGGAGACCAGAUAGCUGCAAGGGACGUCCUUAUGGAGGUCGAUAUCGUCGCUGGGCGUUCCCGAUGCAUCCAUAUCGUCGCCGAUUCAGUCGUCGCCGAUGCAAACGUCGCCGAUUUGGACUAUUCGGAUGGCAAUCACAGCAACCGAGUUCUAACGGGAGUAAUCGCCAACCCAGUAAAAAGCAAAACAAAUCAAGACAGAAGCCUGGAUAUGUACGUAAGGAAUUCGCCGAGCCAUGGCUAUGGAGUGAGGAGUUGGUAAAGUAAGCAGGCGUAUGAUAUACACGGGUUAUUGCAAACAAAACCUUCAUAUCUGAAUUUCCCUUUUUUAAAAAAAGGUACUAAACAAUGUUGAUUGCAAAGGACUCUCUCUUAAACAAGACACCAACUGUAGCAUCGAGAAGCAGCAUAAAAGGUAGCGUCUAAACUACAGUCUCGGACAAAAUAAAUGGAAAAUAUAGAAUCCUUCCCCCCGCCCCCCCUCGAUCAAAGACGGGAAAAUGGCGCGUUUUGGCCUUUGCGCUGCUUCAUCUUUGAUUUCCGAAGAAAGAGGGGUUUGUUGUUCUUAUUUCAUUUUGUCCAAGGUAGUAGAUCGCGUUAUAUUUAAGACGUGAAGACAGUUUUUGUGCCAUUGGGCGAGACGUGCAUGGUCUUAUUUCAGUCGCUUCCUUUGUGUCCCUCGUUACGACCAACUGAAAACUUGGACAGGGUCGCAUAAAGCGUCCAAGUUUAUGGCACUCGUAAGUAUUGAUUUGAAACAACUUGGUUGUUGUUCCAGACCAAUGCUUAAGAGCCCUCUUACCGUAAGAACGUUUUAUACCCAAGCCCCCGGAAGAGGGUACAGGAUAACUUGAACUUUAUCAUUAACCACGUAAACUCGAAUCCCGCUAACACGAACGAUUUCCUUGUUUCCUUUGGAGUGUAAGUAAGUGGAUAUCUAUUGAAGGGUAGAAAUGUGACAGCUCUUGCUUGCUUUCCGCCUAAAUUGGCGUUUUUUCAAGGUCUUUUGAGGAGGAGGCAAUUAAAAAUUGCUUACAAGUGUAAUGCAGACGACACCAAAGGGACAUAUCCAAGUGUCCACACUACAGAGGUGUAUUCUAUGCUCCACCUGCAAUUGAGUUUCUCAUCACUUUACGCUCAUCCAAGUAUGAUCUUAUGAUUAUGUCCUUUCUUUACCGAAAGUCAGGAGUAUUAAAUACAUUGUUCGGCUGCAAAUCAUGGAGCAAUUUUGCUGCUAAGAAAAAGAAAGAGUUUUCAAAUGAUAGAACUAAAGCGGGUAUAGAUGAAGAGAAAAGUAUACCUUGAGCACUUAAUCGUGAGUGAUAAAGGGAUUUUCAGUAAUUGCCGCCUGUUGUCUUCCGUUGUGUAUAUUUUAGAAUUUAGUUCAGUUUUAGUUAAUAUUGUACAAUUGUAGUUUGUAGUUUUUUGGUAUACAUGUAUACUGGGACCUUGGAUUUCCUGUAAAUUAGCUGAUUAACCUAAGCGUAAACUCCUCGUUACGUAUGUUAUCGUAUCGUAUGGUACCGUUUUGUAUCGUCUCGUAUCGUGGAAGUUUCCGUUAAUAAAGGUUAGAAAGCACCGUACUGCUAAUAUUUUUCAUUUAGAAUAUUUCUCAAUUUUCCAUUGGCUUUAAUUUCUUGGCAUUGAUCUUUAUAACCAAUUAGUGCUGACCAAAUAUGGCAAAUUUUUCGAGUGAUUUUACGCACUAUUAUGCACUUAUUCCAUUGUCUUCUUUUUGUUUACCGCUUGCUAUUUUGCACUAUUUGUUAGUAUCUGUUUCACGGUUCAAGUAAAAAUCACUCUAAUGUCUUACUAUUGACUUUAAUCGUUUUAAUAAUUUGUGUCAAUUUUUAAACUUCUAUAGCUGAAAUGAGAGGUUUAUAUCGUUUUUCUUUACGGUGUCCAUAGCCAUUUCUCCGCGGAGAUUUUGUUAAGGGCGCGGAUAUUGGUAAAAUUUUUGGUGUCUCCGGCGGUCUUGUACAGUUACUUGCAGCUGAAGUUCGACAGAUCUAAAAAUACUGAGAAAACGUUCAUGUCCCACUUAGACAUUUAGCACUUACUGGCCUGUCUAGUUCUUGUUUCAGCUUAAGUCGUAUCAUGUAUUUAAAAUAGCGAUGGAUUUAGUAGCUAUUGAGGGAUCACGAUGUUACACAAUCUUAAACAUGUCAUCACAGAUUUAUAUCAUCAUUUAUAUGUUGUUUCAUUCAUACAUUUACGCAUUUAAAAGUAUAAGCCGGGCCAGUUAUUAAAACGGAGUUAGGCAGUGUUUAACAAAACUGCGUUCUAAGCCAUUUUCAGUUUGCCUAACGCUUUUAUCUUAACACCAUUUAUCGUGAAAAGUUUCAUGAAAUCAUAAGGCGUAGACUGGAAAAGCACUCAUUGUCUUAAAAUAACCCACUAAGGAAGAGAUCUGGAGGUCCAAAGAUUUGCUAAACCGCGGCUUAAGUUGGACUUGGUUUAGAUAGCAGACCCUAAAUGUUUGACCUUCCUUUUGAAUAUUGAAUUUAAUUAAGAACUUACCCCCGGUAUAUACUUGCAGACCAGGUGUGGGUGAAAUCCAGGCAACCUACUUACAGACAAGGCGAUACUGAUAAAUUUUGAAUUUGGUUAAGAAUUAAGCCUAAAAGUAAAACUAAAUUGAGUAAAUUUCCCUGAAAAUUGGGGAAUUUUUUUAAUAAAAUGAACUCACUGUUUUUGCAAGAGAUUUAGUUCGGAAACGUUUAUUUACUUUUCGUGUAAAGAAAACCGGGUUGAAAGCCCUAGUUUUGUUCUCUUGGUGAGUAACUGUUUACAUCAGAUGUGCUGCUUAAAGAUUUGAAAAUCACAGAAAUGUUCUGCGGCCUUAAGACAUGGUUGGGGAUAUAAGAAAGUCAUCUUUGCGGCUAACCUCGGUUGAAAUGAUGCGCUUUAUAGGCUACGAUUUAUCGGGCCGAUUUUCUUAUCCCAAGGGAAGGCGCGAAAUAACAAAGAUCGGGUCAAAUUCGACGCCUAUUUGAUUUCAGAUAUGUGUUGGAGCGCCACAGAUUUUUGAAAGUCAGGCCGAUUGUGUUCUAGUCAUAUGUUUUCUUUAGAAAAAAAUUGGGCCGAAAAAUUGCAGCAUGUGGUGAAUCAGUGAAACCACUUUCAUGCGGACCGUGCUUUUCUGACGUGUCUCUAACAUCAAUUAUUUGCAUCGGUAAAUAAUUGCUCUACUUAACCACUAACAAAUCACCAUAUUUGGCACACCCUCGUUCAAUAAUUGUCGGACUGUACACAUUUUUUUUGGAACUUUUAGUUCCACUUGAACUCUGGUAUCGCGCAAUCUAGGUCGAGCUAAUUGUUAUCAGCCGAGCCGAAGACCGAGGCUAAUAACACAUACUGAGACCUUGAUUAUUCCGAAUAUGGUUAGAACCAAAUCUAAUGAUUGUUUUAUUUCACAUUGUCUCGAAGAAAGUAAUGCCAAACACACUGACAUUUCUUUUGGAGGUAAUGUAUUGAGUGUGCAACCUGUCUCAGAUCAGUCAGUAAUCUGCUAGCAGAUAACUAACUAAUCUGUGAGGUGCGUUAUUGUCAAAAUUAACUGUAGGCUCUUGGCCAAUGAGAAGACAGAUAGAAAAGAAAAUGGAUAAUAAUUGUUUAUUAUCACGCGUCUCAACAUUGUGGUAAUUUGAGAAUUUUUAGCCAAUUGAAAAAUUUUAGCAAUCAAAACCAAAGUA